UCUGAACUAAUUCUAAUUUGGCUAUGGAUGGAGACUCGUAUAUAUACAUAGUCUCCCCUAAACUAAUAAGUACACGGUAGAGACUAGGAGAUGGAUCAAAGGAGUACCGCCGCAGUUGUUGUUGUCGGCUCGCCCUUGUGUGUCAUUUAGAUUAUUUAGCAAAGCAGUUUGGCACUUUUCGUACCUGGUGAAAAGUGCAACGAUGCAGAAACAAUAAAUGCGGUGGUCAGAUGGUUGAUAGUUUACACGUGCCCUUGUAAUCUAAAUCUGCGAUCUAGUAUAUUAUGUAGUUCGCUAAAAUAUGAUUAGUCAUAUUUGUAAAAAUGUAGUAAAACGGCGGUCGGUUUACUACAAGCAGAAGCCAAGGGCCGCGGAUUUUUUAAGUUAUUUUGAAAAUAAUGAAACUCUGUGGCCGUUAAAAUUUACCAAUAUUACUAUAAGACCUAUUUGGACAAUAUUUAUUUAUAAAGGAAAACAAUAUUACAAUUUAUUAGACAUAUAUUAUGAUAUUGAGGAAAUCGUGCAUUAUUUAGCCCCUAACGAUACGAAUUAGCCAAAGCCUGAAGCACAGGACUACGGCAGCGGUACUAUUAUAUUAAACGCGGAAAAAAUGUCGGCCAUAGGGGAUAUGCGAUCGGCAAGAACCGAAUCCACGCAAGUCAUGAAUCUUUCGACGAGGAGAUUUUGUAAAAACAUAUCGCGCCAUGCAUAAUUUCCCAAAUCUCGCCCGAUACAAUAAUAAUUGUUAUUGUUGUUGUAUAAUAUAAGGAUUUAUUAUUUUAAUCAUUGACCUAAUAACUUUAGUAUAGUACCUAGAUUUAGUAUUAUAUUAUUCCGACUAUUUCCUAGUACGUGUCGGCCUAGCCAUCGCGCCGUUAUCAGUUCGACGGUGCUGUCGUUCAAGAUAAAACUACUCUCAAAAUAAAUUCCCGAGUCGGCCGCCACGACGCCCUAACAACAAUUUUCGUAGUUCUCCCGUUCCGUUGCCAGAACGACGGUAUUCAUUGAUUUUCGGUGCGCCGCCGCCGUGCUAUCGUCGUCCGCUCAUCAACGCGCUCACGCACGCACCGACACGAACGGGCAGGCCUCUACACAUCAAGAGAAUAUUGGAGAGAAGUAGUGUACGGCUAAAGCAAUGCUGCUCAUCGACUCGUUUUUGGUGGUUCGGCCGAACAACGUUCGUCAGCCCGCAAACCAUAGUUCCCCUAACUCGUCGCCACCGACGUCGUUCCAGCGAAUUCUCUCCGCUACACGCAAACACACACACUCACACACACACCGAAUGCGGCGGGCCGGCCAACUGCCAUCGCCUCGCUCUCUCUUCCUACCAUCAUUCUUGGCCGCCGCAGCCCGACCACCCGUCCACGACGGUCGGUCGGUCGGUCGGGCAUUACUCGUUCUAUGAACGUAUUUUGGGUGGGUGGAAAUGGUGAUCCGCACGGGGUUGCCGGGGCAACCGGUACGUAGGCGGGCGGGUGACCGGGAUACGCGGCGGCGAGCGCGUCGUACACGCCACGGCGACGACGCGAACGCGAGCGCACAACGGAACGAACGAGGUCGACAACGAAAUGUAGGCUUAUCAUCAGUUCCCGCUUUGUGCCGGCCGUUCAAAUUGUCCGUUCCUCCUUGUUUGGAAACUCCGUAAGUACAAUGACAGUUAAUGGCCAGCACUAUUGUCUGCGAUGGAACAAUUACCAAUCAAAUAUGACCUCUGUGUUUCAUCAACUUCUUCGAAAUGAAUCGUUUGUCGAUGUUACUCUUGCUUGCAAUGAGAGCACACUAAAAGCACACAAAGUUGUCUUAUCGGCUUGCUCAUCAUACUUCCAAAAGCUAUUGAUGGAUAACCCAUGUAAACAUCCGACCAUUAUACUGCCUUAUGAUGUUUGUUUUAACGAUCUUAAAUUCAUUAUAGAGUUUGUGUAUAGAGGCGAGAUUGAUGUGUCUCAAGCUGAAUUACAAUCUCUUCUAAAGACAGCUGACCAGUUAAAGAUUAAAGGGCUAUGUGAAGUGCCCGAAGAUGAACGUGAUACAUCUAUUGUUGCCGAAGUAACUCCUCUGGGCCCUUUAAAAAGUGGCGGAAGAGUGUUCACAAAAUUACAACGCAGAACUUCUCCCUAUUCAAAAAAAAUGAGUCCUAAUCAAAUUCAACAGGAUCAGUUUAAUCGAAGUUAUUAUCGAAUUGAACAGUCGGGUUUUGCGCCUAUCGGCGUUGAUCAAGAAAACAAAUCUAUAAAUACUAUCCAUUGCAUGACUGUAGCAACAUCAACUGAAGAUGAUGAGAAAGAAAUGAAGUCGACACUAACAGAUAUGCCAGUGGUCAUACUAGAGCCACAUUCUACACUAAGUUUACAAGCCCAACAACAGCCCCAGAUAGUUCACAUACCUAUACCACAACAACAACAACAGCAACAACAACAACAACAACAAAUGAGCCAUGUAACACAACAUACAAAUCAACCACAGUUACAACAAACUGCAGUUCAAACUCAUUCACAAAUGAUUAUCACAACAGGUCCAGUUUUGACAGUAAAUGAAGCUGACAUUACACCUGAUAUACAGCCUGUUGGACCAAGGGCAACACCAGUACCAGUAAAAAAUAACACAAGUCCCUCAUCAACUCCUACACAUAGAGAUAUGGCUGUUGGUACAUCGUGUUCAAAUGAUAUGAUGAGAAGUGAUGGCAGUGAAGGAAAAUUUGAAAGUGUUAAAUUUGAAACACUUCGUACUAUUGAUCAAUCAUCAGAUGCAAUUGGAAUAGAAAGACAACAUUCUAAUGACCGUAAUAUAAAUGAUGAAGACAAUUCAAUGCAUACAAUGAUGAUAACACCUGAACUUUUGGGAUUACUACCAAAUUCUUCUAAUACAGGAGAUGUCAGUGAAGAUAGUUCCAGUAACAAUAUUAACAAACAGUAUGGUACAAAUGGUGGCAAAGGAUGGACAGCUGAUGACAUGGAAAAUGCUUUAGAAGCAUUACGUUCACAUAAUAUGUCAUUGACCAAAGCAUCCAUAACAUUUGGGAUUCCUUCUACUACAUUGUGGCAGCGGGCUCACCGUGCUGGUAUAGAUACUCCUAAAAAGGAUGGACCAGCUAAAUCUUGGAAUGAUGAAGCUUUAAACAUUGCUUUAGAUGCUCUGCGUACUGGCACUAUUUCAGCAAAUAAAGCUAGUAAAGCUUAUGGAAUACCUAGUAGUACUUUAUACAAGAUUGCGCGGCGGGAAGGAAUUAGAUUAGCUGCUCCAUUCAAUGCAGCUCCAACUUCUUGGGGUCAGGAGCAGUUAGACCAGGCAUUGCAUGCUAUACGGACUGGACAAACAACUGUGCAACGAGCUGCAGCCGACUAUGGUAUACCCUCUGGUACACUAUAUGGCCGGUGUAAACGUGAGAAAAUUGAAUUGUCCCGCAGCAAUCCAACCCCAUGGUCUGAGGACGCUAUGAUGGAAGCUUUGGAAUCUGUGCGAUUAGGUCACAUGAGUAUUAAUCAGGCAGCUAUACAUUAUAAUCUACCAUAUUCUUCGUUAUACGGACGUUUCAAAAGGGUGAAAUAUGGAGCUGGACAUCCAGAUGAUGAUUGUGACGAUAUGAUUGAUUCAGAUACACAGAGCGAACAACAGCACAUUCAACAACAACAACAACAACAGCAGCAGGCAAAUCAGCAAGUUCAGGCUACACCAGUGUCCCAAAUAAUGUUGGUUCAAUAUCCAGCACCACAGAUUCAAAUGUACCAACAACAUCCAACUCAUUCAACAACUAGUUGAGAUGAAGUAAAAUACUUGCAGCCAUUGUGAUGUGUUAGAACUGCAAGUAUUCACUGUAAUAAUUUAUAAGUCUGACAGUUGUACUUUUUUUUUAAAUUUAUCUGUGAUAUUUAAACAGCGAAAACAUUAUUGUUAUUCAAUGUUUUUAUUUGAUCUCUUAUAAUAUCUGUUGUAGGUUUUUAUGUAAAUAUCAAUAUUAAAUUGAUAAGUAUGAUAUUUUUUUUUUUUUUUUUAUUGAACUUAAGCCCGGCAAAUGAUAAUAUUAUUUUAGUACAUUGUAGUUUAUAUUAUAUUGUAUGUAUUUUGUACUACAAUAUAGUGAACAUAGUAGGUAAAUAAAAUAAUAAUAAGAUCUAAAAUGUAAAGACUAUGCAUGUCACAUGAAUGGGUUCUUAAUACUUUAUUCAGUUAAAAAAAAUAUUUUUUAUAUUUUCAAAACUAGAUGGAUUAGUUGUUAUAAAAUUAUACUUAAUUUUCUAACCAUAGGUGUGCACACGGGGUAUACAGCGUCUGAGUAGGGCUCUGUCAGUAAUGAAUGUGUUAAAUAAUUUGAAAUCAAUGAUAAAUUAUAUUUUAUUUAGAACCCAGACAGUCUAACCUUCUGUUAAUCAUGGUCACCAAACAAUUAUUUCAUAAUUUUUCAUAACAAUUUCAACAAAUCUUCGUAUUCUUUCUGUUGAUUUUAAAUAAUUUUACCUUUGACCCACCAUUCACCAAAGUACUAGAUCUAAUUUGCUACUAGAAACUUUCCUUAAAGUUGAUGUUCAGAGAAUUUUUUAUGCUAGAUAAAGUGUCUUUAGACAGAAUAAAAUCACAUAUCAUUGUAAAAUCAAUACAAUAUCUAAAAUAUGAAACAUCUUUAUUUUUACAUGAUAAACAUUUUAAAAUAAUGAAGUCAUAAAGUUGUCCCUACUAAAAUUAUUCUGCACACGAUGUGAUAAAAUCCUGCACAUGCCUAUGUUUUUAACUCUUAACUGUCAGUUUUCACUAAAAUAUGAAUUUUCAAAGAAUUUAGUAUUUUCCAAAUUCAUGUAUCAUAAUAAAAUACUGUUACUUUUUAUAAUAUUUUACAUAUUAAAUACUGUUGAUAAAUGUAA